AUGUCCUGUUGCAGGUACCUGGCGAUAGUGCGGCCGCUGCAGCCGCGGAUGUCUAAAGCGAGCGCCCAGGUGACCAUCGCCGCCGUCUGGGUGGCCAGCCUGUCGCUGGGAUCCCCGUGCCUGCUCUACUCAGACACCAUCACCUACAGGUACGCCGGCAAGAUGCGGACGGCGUGCAUCAUGGUGUGGCCCGACGGGCCGAGCAACGUCUCCACCAUCGACUACGUGUACAACCUGGUGCUGCUGCUGGUCACUUACGUACUGCCGGUGGGCGCCAUGGUGGGCUGCUACAGCGCGAUGGGCCGCGAGCUGUGGGGCAGCCGAUCCAUCGGCGAGAUGACGCAGCGGCAGGCCGACUCCAUCCGCUCCAAGCGCAAGGUGAGUGAACCCGCGCACGAAGGCAGACCCAGGCUGUUCGUAGGCUAUAAGGCCAGGGAAACAGCGUCACCGUACUGA